CUUCAACCAAGGACAAGUGUCAAUUUGGUGUAGUGAUAAAAUUCCCACACCCCAUCUAUAUCUAUUCACAUGCUACCUAACCCACUCAAGCUCAAGUAACAAGCAUACUUCAUCCCCUUGCCAAUACAGCCGGUGACGAAAUUCUAGAGAGCGAAGCGAUGAAGGGGUGCGAGCUGUGUAGAUUUCCGGCGAGGAUGUACUGCGACGCAGAUGGAGCCAGUCUGUGUUGGGGGUGUGACGAGAAAGUUCAUAGUGCAAACUUCCUGGUGGCCAAGCACUCCAGGAAUCUUGUGUGUCAUGUCUGUCAAUCUCCCACCCCAUGGAAAGCUUCCGGACCUAAGCUUACCCCAACUACUACUCUAUCUGUAUGUCACACUUGUGUUCAUAACUACUACUCUACUACUACUACUACUACUACACAACAUGACAACAUCGGCGGCACACAACAGACUCCACCGCUACUAAAUGAAGACGACGACGAAACUAGUACUGAAUAUGACGAGGAGGAGUACGAAGAUAGUGAGGUAGAGUCUGAUGGAGAUGAUGAGGAGGAAUUGGAAGACCAAGGAGAGAAUCAAGUAGUUCCUUGGUCCUCCACUCCUCUCGCCACUUCUUCUUCCCCAAGUGACGAAGAACAUCAGCUCUCUUCCUGCACAUCAUUCUCGGCUGCACCUGUGUGUGAGAAUGCACAUCCCAAUUGCCAAGUCAGUAAUCUCUCUCCCUCUGAAGAAGAUAAGAAGAACAAACCAAAUGAUUCAACCAGAUGAAGCAGACUACUCUAGGACUGCGGCGACCAUAGUUAGUGUUUGUGAAGUCAAAAGACACCAGCAGCAAAGCAUAAGCACCGGAAAGGACGACGCAUCGGCAAGCAUCAUGUACAUAUGCAAUAUCUAUGCAAAAAUACUGCAACUGCAUGAUUUCGUUUCCAUUAAUCCCGAUCCCAAACCUCAUCCCUCUUAUUUUGUUUUGCACCUCUCUAACUCUAAGCCGUGUUGGUCUUCCAUUGUACAAUUCAAGCAACAGACUAUUUUAAUAAUGCACUUAAUUCCUGUUUAAAUAUCCA